UCGCAGCGGGUAAAUUUCGCAGGUGCCACACGUUUGCGGUGCGUCGCGCAUUGAAAAUCGGCGGUAUUUGCCCAAAAAAAAAAAGAAAACUAAAACCGAAAAAAUAUUAAAAAAUAAAACACAACAAUACAACAACAUUGUACAGGAAUAUGUUACUCGCUCGUUCGGUGCCUUAACGUAUUGUCAUAAAAUUAUAUACACACACAAUUCAUAUUCUUAGUCCCUCACCUAAGCCGGUCACAUGAAAUUUCAACGUCCAUUGUGCCAGCGAGUUGAACAAUUGCACACGUUUUUAUGUGCCGGAAUGCAAGAAUCAGUUGGCACUUAAAAAAGGCUUUGCCAGCUUGGCCAAAAGUAAAAAAAAUAAAACAUUAUAAACAGAUUAAAUAUAAACUUUUUGGACGCUACGGGAAACCAGAGACCAGAAUCCAUAAACCAAGCCGAAAACCAGCAGACACACACAGAAUACAGACUCAGUUGGACAUAACUAUAAACUAUAAAAGCAAAAUCAACUUGAAAGUUGCAUUUGGCCCGGCUUAGCAUUGGACUUUUUCGGCUUAGCCAUUGUGUAUAUAUAAAUAUAUGUAGCUAUAUGUAAAUAUCGUGCAGCUUUCAAUGCGUUUGUGCUAAGCCCUGCGACAUGGAGCCGGAGUUUUGAAUUUUGAGCUCCAAACUGUGAACUCUGAACCCUGAAACCUGGACGUAGUGCAUGGUGCACAGUACAUGGAAUAUUAAUUACUCUCGGCUUUGUGUUUAGUGAAGUGUUUAGUUCCCAGAAUGGGCCGCAAAAAGAAGCUGCCAGCGGGCGUAUCGUCUGGCGGCAACGACUCCUCCGCCCCCAAAUCGGUGGGCGGGUGCUGUGUGCCGCUGGGAUUGCCGCAACCUUUGCUCCUCGAGGAGAAGAAGUUCCUGCUGGCAGUCGAGCGGGGCGAUAUGCCGAAUGUGCGCAGGAUCCUGCAGAAGGCGCUGCGCCAUCAGCACAUCAACAUCAACUGCAUGGACCCCUUGGGCCGGCGAGCCCUCACCCUGGCGAUAGACAACGAGAACCUGGAGAUGGUCGAGCUGCUCGUCGUCAUGGGGGUGGAGACCAAGGACGCCCUGCUGCACGCCAUCAAUGCGGAGUUCGUCGAGGCCGUGGAGCUGCUGCUCGAGCACGAGGAGCUCAUCUACAAGGAGGGCGAGCAAUACAGUUGGCAAAAGGUGGACAUCAACACGGCGAUGUUUGCGCCGGAUAUCACACCUUUAAUGCUGGCCGCCCACAAGAAUAACUUUGAGAUACUGCGGAUUUUGUUGGAUCGCGGAGCAGCGGUGCCCGUGCCACAUGACAUACGUUGCGGCUGUGAGGAGUGCGUCCGCUUGACGACGGAGGACUCCUUGAGGCACUCGCUGUCCAGGGUGAACAUCUACCGGGCGCUGUGCAGUCCCUCGCUGAUCUGCCUCACCUCCAACGACCCCAUACUCACCGCCUUCCAGUUGUCCUGGGAACUGAGGAACCUGGCCCUCACCGAGCAGGAGUGCAAGUCGGAGUACAUGGACCUGCGACGGCAGUGCCAGAAGUUCGCCGUCGAUCUGCUGGACCAGACCCGCACCUCCAACGAGCUGGCCAUCAUCCUGAACUACGAUCCGCAGAUGUCGAGCUACGAGCCGGGCGACCGGAUGAGUUUGACCCGCCUGGUGCAGGCCAUUUCCUACAAGCAGAAGAAGUUCGUGGCGCAUUCGAAUAUCCAGCAAUUACUGUCCUCGAUUUGGUAUGACGGCCUCCCCGGAUUCCGGCGCAAGAGCAUCGUGGACAAAGUCAUCUGCAUCGGCCAGGUAGCCGUGCUCUUCCCGCUCUACUGCCUCAUCUACAUGUGCGCCCCGAAUUGCCGGACGGGCCAAUUGAUGCGAAAGCCCUUUAUGAAAUUCCUGAUCCAUGCCUCCUCCUAUUUGUUCUUCCUGUUCAUCUUGAUUCUGGUGUCGCAGCGGGCGGACGAUGACUUUGUGCGCAUCUUGGGAACGGCCAGGAUGAAGAAGGAGUUGGCGGAGCAGGAGCUGCGUCAGCGGGGCCAGGCGCCCAGCAAACUGGAGCUCAUUGUGGUGCUCUACGUGGUCGGCUUCGUGUGGGAGGAGGUGCAGGAGAUAUUUGCCGUGGGCAUGAAGAGCUAUUUGCGUAACAUGUGGAACUUCAUCGACUUCCUGCGCAACAGUCUCUACGUGAGUGUGAUGUGUUUGAGAGCCUUUGCCUACAUCCAACAGACCACGGAAAUAGCCAGGGAUCCGCAGAUGGCGUAUAUACCGCGCGAAAAGUGGCACGACUUCGAUCCCCAGCUCAUUGCCGAAGGACUCUUUGCGGCGGCCAAUGUCUUCUCGGCCUUGAAGCUGGUCCACCUGUUCAGCAUCAAUCCGCAUUUGGGUCCGCUGCAGAUCUCCCUCGGACGCAUGGUCAUCGACAUUGUGAAGUUCUUCUUCAUCUACACGUUGGUUCUGUUCGCCUUCGCCUGCGGCCUCAACCAGCUGCUGUGGUACUUUGCCGCCCUGGAGAAGAGCAAGUGCUAUGUGCUGCCGGGCGGCGAGGCGGACUGGGGCUCCCACGGCGACUCCUGCAUGAAAUGGCGCCGCUUUGGCAACCUGUUCGAGUCCUCGCAGUCGCUGUUCUGGGCCAGCUUCGGCAUGGUGGGUCUGGAUGACUUCGAGCUCAGCGGCAUCAAGUCGUAUACGCGAUUCUGGGGACUGCUCAUGUUCGGCUCGUACAGCGUCAUCAAUGUGAUUGUGCUGCUCAACCUGCUCAUCGCCAUGAUGUCCAAUUCGUAUGCCAUGAUUGAUGAGCACUCGGACACCGAAUGGAAGUUCGCCCGCACCAAGCUGUGGAUGAGCUACUUCGAGGACAGCGCCACCCUGCCGCCGCCUUUCAACGUCCUGCCCUCCGUCAAGUGGCUCAUCAGGGUGUUCCGCAAGUCCAGCAAGACCAUCGAUCGCCAGCGCUCCAAGAAGCGACAGGAGCAGGAGCAGUUCAGCAAGUAUGACAACAUAAUGCGCUCCUUGGUCUGGCGAUAUGUGGCCGCCAUGCACCGCAAGUUCGAGGACAACCCCGUGUCGGAGGACGACAUUAAUGAGGUGAAGAGCGACAUCAACACGAUGCGUUACGAAAUGCUCGAGAUAUUCGAGAACAGCGGCAUGGAUGUCUCCUCGGCCAACAAAAAGGAGCGGCAGCGACGACCAAGGCGAAUAAAAGUGUGGGAACGACGGCUGAUGAAGGGCUUCCAGGUGGCGCCGAUGCAAAGUAGCUGCGAACUGGAUGCCUUUGCGAAUGUCAACGGGCAGGGGGAAAUGCGGGAGGUUAAGGUGGAGGCCAUGCCCUCGAAGCCGGACAAGGAGACGGCCAGGGAGCGUUUCCAGCGGGUUGCCCGAACCGUGCUCCUCCAGUCCACGGCCCACAAGUGGAACAUGGUGCUCCGGGCCGCCCAGGACUCCCAGAUUGGCCGCUGCACCAAGAACGAGCGUCAGAGCCUACACAAUCUGGGCCGGGCCAUCGAGGAAGCCAAGAGGCUAAUAAUGCUCAAUCCGGGCUGCUCCUCCGGUCGUGAGUCGCCCAUUCGCAUUGAGUUCGAGGACGAGAAGACGAGCACCUUGCUGGAGCUGCUCAACCAAAUCAGUGCCGAGAUCAGUGAUAGCGAAAGGCCCAAGGUCAAGCCCGUCUGGCGGCCACCGCUGAAGUCCGUGCCUGCCCGGGCCAUGGCGGCCAAUAAUGUGAGAUCCCUCACAGCUCCCGAGCUGAAGAUUGGCCGGAAGUCCUCACUAGCACUAACUCCAGUUGGCACUCCUGGACACAGUGCACUGAGAAGUCGGGAGCUACAGCUGUGCCCCAGCAAACUCAUAACUGCUCCGCCCAAGAAAUCAGCACCCUCAGCGCCAGUUGCUGCUCCAGCCUCAACCUUCAAGGGAUCCACCCAAAAACCCUUCAUCCGCAGCUCAGAUGGUGUGCCAACCGGCAGUUCCAACUUCGACAUCCACGUGGUCGAUCUGGACGAGAAGCGCGGGGAUAAUGUUUCCGACAUCAGCUCCAUUGCCAGCACGAGUCCCCAGCGAUUAAAGCAUCCAAACUGAAUGUGAUUGUGGCAUGGUCACAGGUGAUAAAUGGGUCCACUUGAUGCCUUCCAAAUAGCCAUACUAUUGUAUCUAACUAUUAACAAGGAAUAAAUUAUUUAGAC